AACACACUCAUGCUCACUGGAGCGAGGGAGACAGAGGGGAGGGGAUAAUGUCAUCUCAGCAUUCGAGUUUCUUUGGUUAACUAAGUAAAUUAGAAACUGUCAUGCAAAUACCACACGUAUCACAACCUGCAUCCCGCCGUUAUCAUCUGCUUAAGGACUUGAAGACUGUUUCCUGAACAGCAGAAAGUCCAUGGAGCUUCUACGCAGGUACCUCUGGGUGUGGGUGAUCCUUGGGAGUCUUUCUGCGUCUGCGGCCAUCAGCAUCAUCUUCAUCUGCAUCAACAGAUGGUUAUCAAGACAAGGGAGACACAUAAUCCAACAGCUUCACAGGAACAAUUCUGACUUCCCCAUCAAAAGCAACAAAUACCCGGUUGAGACGCCGCCUUUACCACCUCGGACACAGUUUCUCAGAGAAGCGGCCCAAAGCCAUGAAAAUCUGGCUGACGAACACGACUAUGAGGAGGCCGAGCUUGUGAGCCAGGUAGCCAUGCCCGAGCACAAGGUGACCAUGCCCAAGUACCAGGAGCCCAAGGGGACCAUGCCUAAGAACCAGGAGCCCAAGGGGACCAUGCCUAAAUACCAGGCGGCCAUGCCCAAGUUCGUGGAUCCCUCGAACGAUUACGAGGAGGCGAUGCCUGAUUAUGAGAAUGCCACACCUGAGGCGUUUGACAAUGGGAAGGUGGAGAAGGAGGUGAGGACUCUCCCUCCGCUUGACAUGAAAAUAGAUUCAGCAGAAGACGAUGCGUCCACUGAGGACUACGACGACAUCGGCAGUGAGGACGAUAAUGAAGAGGAUUACGAUGAUGUGGGUUAAAAUGGCUAGUGAAAAGGAGAGAGAAUAUUCUAAAAAGGGCUUUUAACUUCCAUGUCUAUAUGCUGCUGAGGAGAGAGAUCAGAACAAAGGUACUUUGACUGUGGUAUUUUAAAAAAGACUUUUCAUGAUAGAGUUAUUUCAGGAAAUAAGAAUCUGGUGAGGCGGGAGGCCUUAGCUUAGCCUAGCAAAAAGACUGAAAUUAGAGGGGAAAUAGCUAUCUUUGCACAAAAUGUGAUAUUUCACGCAAGGUUUUCACGGGAUGGAAAGAUAUGUAGUUAUUUAAUGUGUGGUUUUAAAGACUAAAGAUGCAGAAUAUCUAAAUAAUGUUUGUGCUAAACAUAAGCUAUUGAGGUGGGGAGGGCGGUUAGCUUAGCUUAGUUUAGCAUAAAGACUGAAAGUAGAGAGGAGACAAAAGGAACAACACAUGUAGGUAUUUAUGUAUAGGUGCAGAGAGUAUUCAAUUGUUAUGAGGGUUAUUUAAGAACAUCGGUCUCUUAUGUGUAAGCUUAACACAAGGCUUUUAAACAAGAAGACAAUUAGCAUAGCUUAGCCUAGGGUGACCAGAUUUGAGGUGGCGAAAAAGAGGACACUUGCGAUUGUUGGGGGUGGGGGGAAGCGCCAGUCCAUUUUUAAUGGUCCCAACAGUGAAAACCGGGCGUUUUCAUGAAUUUAUUAAACCCCCCCGGACAGGACGUAAAAAGAGGACAUGUCCGGGCAAAACAGGACGUUUGGUCAUCCUAGCUUAGCUUAGCUUGGUUUACAGGUUGAAAUUGGAGGGAAAGCAGCUAGCUGGGCUUGGCACAAAAUGGAGUUUAGUUUGGUUCAUAUUUCUAACUUUUUUAACAUUUCAAAUUCUGUCCAUGGGUUCACUGUCAGGGUGGACAGGAGGACUAUGCCAUCAUUAGUGAGCUUUGUUUCCAGAGCCAGAACACUAGGUUAAAGCAUGUCAAUGCCUAUAAACAACAUGGUUAAUAUCCCGUUUGCUCUCCAAGUGGUUGUAUCUAAAUAUCUGUUUGGCUUGUUCUUUAGUAGUAGAAGUCUCCCAGAGCAUUUUAAAAAUAUUUCUCAGCAGUUUUUACUAUCAUUUAAGCCUUGAGCGUUCUUGCAUCAUAGUUGUUUGUACAUUAAAGCUUUUGAAUUAGGCAAAA